AGCAGUGUCACCUCUAUCACCACCGCCCACACGACCUCAGAUCCUGCCCCGACUCUGUCCGGAAGUUCUGAACUGCGCGCAACUAGCGACCUUUGCGGGCACACAUCGGCAAAUCUUUCCCUCACGCGACUACUGUGUUAAGGGACCGAAACACCGAAACGACCGAACGCCGAAUCGUCGCAUCAAAUUCGACCGGUCACCCGAACUUUGCCCCGCAAGUCCUCAAGGUCAUUCGAGAAGGACCCUGCCAGAGGCCGUGGAUACGAGAUCAACCCUUAAAGGGUAGACAGCCACCAAACAAUAAAGAAGGAAACAGGAAACAGAGUCAGCAAAAAUGGCCUCGACGAUAGCAGCGGCUACGAAAGUCUCCCGGAAGAUGUUCCGUGAACUUCACGGUGUCGUCGUGACCUCUGGCCUGAUUGAUAAGACGGUCAAGGUCAGGGUAGGCGGGCAGAAGUUCAACAAGUUCCUCCAGAAGCACUUCGACGACCCAAAACAAUACCUGGUCCACGACCCCAACAACUCUCUCCGUGCCGGUGACGUGGUCGCCAUCAUGCCCGGCUUUAUCACUAGCAAAUCCAAGCGGCACGUGGUCAAGCAUAUCAUUGCGCCCGCCGGCACGCCGAUCGAGGAGCGCCCGCCCAUCCCUUCACUGGAUGAGCUCUGGGACGCCAAGGACGCGGCAAAGGCGGCCAAGAAGGAGCGCAAGGUGCUGCGGGAAAAGAUCCAGGCAGCUGAGGAGGCGAUUGAGCUUGCUGAGAGAAUGGCCCGCCACGCCGUGAGGGAGAUUGCGAUGCGCGAGAAGAUCAUCAGCUUACAAAGGGUUGAUUGAGGAACGCAGUGUGGACAAGCCGAGUGACGAAGACGAGGGACCAGGAUUGGAGCGAGAUGCAAUCCGACAUACGUCGGUUCAUGCACGUCCUCACUAGUUGUGUCUUUUGCUAAAGGAUGGUGUUGACGUUGGGGGAGGAGAGAGAAGGGGGGGGGGGUGGUGGUUGGUU